AUGAUUAAACAACAGCAACCACAGCAACUUAAGGCACAGACCAUUACUUACGCCACAUAUGCAUAUAAUUCAAAGACGGCAGAACAAACGCAAAGGUUGAAAUAUGGAGAUUUGGAGAUAGUAUUGAAAAAUGACCAUUUUGAAUUCGUUUGCAAGGGUGGUGCAGUGAUAUCAAAUAUAAAAGAAAUUUUAUUUAUGAAUUCAAAAAUUAAAGGAAUAACGGAUGAUAUAACAUCAAUUCCACCAGAAGAACAAAGAUAUUACGCAUUAAAUGCAUUUCCUAAAGUUUUGAAGAUUGGAAGAUUUAAUUUAAAUGAGGAAUUCAUAGAAGGUUUCCUAAAUGACAUAAUGAAGAAAGCAGAUAAGGAAUAUGUGGAUAGUGAGUUAAUGAAGAAGGCAGAUAAGGAAUAUGUGGAUAGUGAGUUAAUGAAGAAAGCAGAUAAGGAAUAUGUGGAUAGUGAGUUAAUGAAGAAAGCAGAUAAGGAAUAUGUGGAUAGUGAGUUAAUGAAGAAAGCAGAUAAGGAAUAUGUGGAUAGUGAGUUAAUGAAGAAGGCAGAUAAGGAAUAUGUGGAUAGUGAGUUAAUGAAGAAGGCAGAUAAGGGACUUGUGGCUAGUGCAUUAAUGAAGAAAGCAGAUAAGGAAUAUGUGGAUAGUGAGUUAAUGAAGAAGGCAGAUAAGGAAUAUGUGGAUAGUGAGUUAAUGAAGAAAGCAGAUAAGGGACUUGUGGAUAGUGAGUUAAUGAAGAAAGCAGAUAAGGAAUAUGUUAAUGAAAAAGAUAAUGAAAUUAUCGAAAGGGUUGAAUGGUACCAUGAACGGACAUCGAAGAUUUUAAAAACUAAAGCUGAUACAGGAUGGGUUUCAGAAUGUUUAGACCUUAAAGCAGAUAAAACUUAUGUUAACGAUGAGUUAGAGAAGAAAGCAAAUAAAGAAUAUGUGAAUGAAAUAUACCAAAGUUUGAUAGGAACAACUAAAAAUAUUGAAACUAUUGCUGGUGACUUUUCCGUCUAUGAAGAAAAUAAAUAUUUUAGAGGGCAAUUGGUACAUUCCUUAAAAAAUGGUAUACGGUAUAAACUCAUUCCGAAAAAUAACAAUGAAAUGUAUGUAGGCUAUAUAAAGAAUAAUGGUACACAAGUUAAAGUUCCAUUAGACAACAACUGUUACUUAAACUUAUAUGGAGACGAACAAAAGAAAUAUUUAAGAGUUUAUGAAAUGACGGAUAUGACAUUGUCUAACGUAGCUCCAGCACCGUAUUAUUUCGACUCUGGAGAUGAU